AUGAAAAUAGAGGAUGAUGAUAAACCAUCACAAGCCUUACAGUUAGGAUUUGAAUUAGCAUUGAAAGAUCGUGAUGCUGUUUUAAGAGAGAAAGCUAAAGCGAGUGAAGAAAGAGACAAUGCUAUACGACAGUUACAACAAGUUAAAUCAGAACGGGACCAAGCUAUUAAUAGUCUAGAAAAUUUAACUGGUAAACCUGCCAAACUGAGCAAUACGAAAAAAUUUGAAGAAAGUCCAACAUUAAAGAGAUCAAAUUCCCCGAGUAUAAAAGCUCAAGCUAGAUCUAACAGUAUGGAGAGUGAGAGUGGUGAAGUGGAAGAGUUAUAUUGUGUCACGCCACUGAAGGAAAAGAUUCACAUAAAUUUUAACAUCAUGUUGUAUUUGAUCCAAAGAAAAUUUGCUAAAAAGGCAGAACAUUAUAGCACCAAAUGGAUAAUGCAAAUGCAUUUGAAAUUAAGUAUCUGCUACAGUGAGACUAUAUGUCUUCUGCAGGUUCAUCAGACUUUAAUGAUUAAAGUACCAUAA